CACUGUUUUGUUAGGUUGAUAGGCAUGACGGGCCCGAAGAUCGCCAGCUGAUGUUUCGUCUCCUGUGUAUUUGUUCUGUUGGAGAAGGCCGCUAAGCCGUUUUUACGACGUUUGCGUUGUCCAUUGUGCUCGAGAAGUGUUACCUCGUAAAGCUUGACCAGUUUGUGAAGUGAAAACAACUACGAUUCACGAAAAUGGCACACCUUACAUUCCAACAAGAGUACAUGCAAAUGCCACCUGUGACUCGGGCAUAUACUACAGCUUGUGUUCUUACAACCAUUCUCGUGCAAUUAGAUCUUGUGUCUCCAUUCCAGCUGUAUUUCAACCCAACCUUGAUAUUCAAACAUUAUCAGCUAUGGAGACUAGUUACCACAUUCCUCUUCUUUGGGACAAUAGGUUUUAAUUUUCUGUUCAACAUGCUCUUCACUUAUCGCUAUUGCCGUAUGUUGGAAGAGGGAUCGUUUAGAGGCCGCACUGCUGAUUUUGUGCUGAUGAUGGUUUUUGGUGGAACAUGUAUGUUAGGCUGUGCACUGUUUUGUUCCCUUUUGUUUCUUGGGCAAGCCUUCACCAUUAUGUUAGUUUACGUGUGGGCAAGACGAAAUCCAUUUGUCAGGAUGAAUUUCUUUGGCUUACUGAAUUUCCAGGCACCAUAUCUUCCAUGGGUAUUACUAGGCUUCAGUGUUUUGUUGGGAAACUCCAUACUUGUUGAUCUUGUUGGAAUACUAGUUGGCCACAUUUACUAUUUCUUGGAAGAUGUUUUCCCAGCUAGAUCAGGCGGCAUCAGGUUAUUGAAGACUCCUCGUUUCUUGGUUCAGAUUUUUGAACCUCAAACAGGAGAGCAAGUGUACAAUAUUCCACCCGAGCAACGUCCAGGAGGUUUCCCUUGGGGUGAGCAGCCAGCUCAACCACAGGAGCAGCAGGGCCAACAAGAACAGCCACAACAAUGAAAGGAGCAAGAUAUCAAGAACUGUCGUCUUUUCAUGUGUGUACAGUAAAUAUUUUUUUUUUCUUUUUCGCCAUUUGCGUGGAAGCUUCUAAGAAGUUUACACAGUUACCCAAGUGUUUGAUCAGGCUGUUCAUAUGCUCUUGAGUCAGACAGAUCCUAGAGUGAGUUGGUGGUAAGAGUACAUGUAAGGAUUAGGAGCUUAUUUUCUUUGGUUGUUUUUGAGAAGAAAUACAAAUAUUUUUGCUAAGCUUUAGUGUUACAAUAUUGUCUUAGCAAGUUGGUGGAGUAUCCUUAAUAUUUUUCAAGAGAAUGUUUGCAAGUCUUUUUCAUGGCAAGAAAUGUAGCUGAUAGUGUGUGUGUCAUUGCAGGCAAGUUAUUUUUAUGUUGCUGUGUGGAUAACAAUUGACGCCUUUAGAAAUCUACAGUCCAGUGUAAUGUUAUAUGGUAAAACUUGAAUUUAACCUUAUUCACAAAUGAAUAGUGUCAUCUUACAAUUUACAAAAUGUGGGAUUUUGUAUUGCGGCUUGUUUCAGUAAAAAGAACCUAGAAUCUUGUAGGUAUAUGUGCCAGUGUAAAUCAUGGAACUCCAGGAGUAUGGAAUGCUACAUAUUCCCCAGCAGACUACGGCUACAGUUAAGGAGCAAUAAUUGAUGUUUCUGGUAGAUUGUACUUAUAUAUAAGGAGAUUCAUGGAAGGAGGUUACUGGAUUGUGUCUUAUGGAUGUUGAAGAAGGGAUUAUUUUUUAUUUUUUUUAUUUUUUAUACUGCACAUUUUUCUUAUAUAGGAAUUGAUUUUCACAUUGCUUAGGAUCACUAUGAUUUUUUUAUAGACUUUCUUAAUUGUAGGAACCAUGUUAAAAAAGCUUACUGUGGAAGUAGCUUGGUUUUACAUAAGUUUUUAUUGAUUCCUCUUGGUGGCUUAACAGCUUUUGCUUUGUAAGAUAAAUUACCAUACUUUAGAGAAAUGGAAAGAGUUUUCAUGCCCCUUGUUUUUCAUAUCUAUAGUUACUCAUUUGUAUACUUAGCAUUUUUCAACUAUAUUUUUGGAAAUUCUUUUGCUGAUGUAUUAACAGAAGGAUUUUGAUAAAAGCCUCCCUCCCAUCAACUAGUGUCUAAGGAUAAGGGCAUUUCAUGCCAGGAGCAAUAUUUGCUUUUACUCUUGAAAUUUGUAUGACAGUUACCAAGGUAUAUAACGCCUAAAGAGUAGACAUUUCUGUUAGAGAAUACGUUGCUUAGUUUUCUCACUUCUCUGUACAUAAUGACACACUUUUCUUUUAGUUUGGCCACAGUGUGAUAUUGCAUCUUGGGGUUGUGUCUGAGGAUUUUAGUGUGGAUGAUGAUGUACUUAAUUAUUAAUCACUGAAAACUUUUCAACAACUUUAGCUACAGUUAAAAUGCUAGCAUAUUUUGGCAUAGGAAAAUGAUAUUAGGUAGAUGGUUCCAGAAAACAGGUGGACAAAUCUGAAAGGGAUUUUGGGGGGAAACUAUUGAACAGUCUUGCUUUCAUUGUUAGUGUCCUUUUCAUAAAACAAAGGUUUAAAGGAAUUAGCUGCAACUUUUUCCUUGGUUAAAUUUUGGGAACUUCAGGAUGAUUUCUUUGUUUUGCAUUACUACCUGUGGGUGGUAUUGUUCAUCUUAAUGCAGCAUUAUGUAAAACUUUAGGGAGGGGUUGGGAAACUUAUUCGACAUAAGACCAGAAGGAAUUUUCUUGCAAGAAAUAAUAUCAAGGAUUGAUUAUAGGUGAAAAGAUCCAUUAGUAUUGUCCUUGUCACAUUGUGUUGUAAAGAAAGGUAGCAAAAUGUGGUGGUUAUCAACAUAAAGACAGCAGUAGGCCAGAUUUUGAAAGGAGGGUUGUAGGGAUAAGGCUGAUGGAGAGCUGAGUCAAAAUUUCAGGGCCUAAUUCCAAAAGAUAUUAACAGAUAAAGUGAAUAUUAUUUCAGGUCUUAACCGAGGUUGUUCUUAUCAUGUGGUCUCAGACUAAGACUGGGUAGUAUAUCAAAUCAGUGUAGCAAUGACCAAAAUAGCACUUCUUUCUAACAAUAUAUCCAACAAGGCUCUUUGUGGCCAAUAUAAAGUUUAAAUUUCUCAGAAGACAAGCAUGAUAAUGAAAUUGCUAAUUAUUUAGUCGUGCUUUAAAUCUUUGAAUUUUUUUGCCAUCAGUGACAAGCUUCAAAGCAGGUUGUCCUUGUUUACAGUUUUUCAUUCAGUAGUAAAGCUGAAAAAUAGUUAAGAGUGCAAAGAAAAGAGAACAUAUUGACAAAAAACCUAGAAGAUGUGGAGGAUUGAAUUAUCGGUCAUAGAAUGAUUAGAGUAGGAGUCAUAGAAAGUAGAAUGUUGCAAGAUGUAAACUGGUUUGGAAGGUGUAACUGUCCUUGGUAAGUUGUGCAAAUUCCUCUGUAAGGAAUAGACUGCAGUCUGUGUAUAAAUGAUAAACAAAGGUAUGUAGUCAUCGCCAGAAUAAUUAAGUAUAAGAAACUGUACCGUACAUGCAACUUCGUCUGUAUUUUUUAUAUUUACAGUAAAAAAAAAAUAAGCGGAGGUUUAUAUUUGGGUAGGUCAGGCUAUUCUCAUCUUUAGUAUUGGUUUUUUCCCAGAUCAGUAACAUUCAUUUUACUGAACACUAUAGUUUUCAGACAGUUGUUCAGUGUCACUUAUUAUGUAGAUUGACUUUACCUUGUUGAGUAAUAUGCAGUUGAUAUGAUAAUGAAUCCAUGUGUGUUUCAUUCAUCUAGUUUAACGUCAGAUAGUUAGCUGCAGUUUGUCAUCUUUUUGAGAUAUUGUCUAUAUAAACUAGUACUACUUUGAUACAGCAUAGUGUAUGCAUUUAACCCUAAAAUAGUCUUGUUCAUAUAGCAGUGCUUGGAUGAGCUCUUAAUGAUAUUAGUGAAAUGUCUUUUAAUAAUCCUCUCAAUUAGAGGCAUUUAUGCUCAGAGCCCCAUGGUAGUAUAUAUGAGGAUGUAACUAAAUUUGCUCUGGCCACCUGUAGCCUAGUCUUGCUGUACAAUUACUGCAUAGGCAUGUUUCUUUGAUCACAUAUGUAAUGAAAUUUGAUUAGCAAUGAAUGUCUUGGUAAACCAUUUUUGAUGAAGUGUAUACCUUUUCGUAAAUAUGCAAGAAAAAUAGGGUGAUUAUUUAGGAAUUUUCUUAAAAAUGUCAGGUCUGUUUUACAGAUGUUCAUUGCAAAUAGUUACAUAAAUUUUAGUUUUCUUGACGAGAUGAGUUACAUAUGAGUUACACAUGUAAAUGUAAACUCCAAUUAAAUCAUUAUUGGGGAGGUUGAGUGAUUGUACUUGAUAUGUUUUGUAUAAACUGUUUUGGGGAAAAAAAAUUAUGAAAAAUAAUGAUUUAUCAGAUUUACUCAGUCUUUCUGAAAAUUAGUGAGACUAGAGUGUAAUGUAUAAUUAUCAUUAAAAGGCAAAUUUAUUAUUAAAAGGCAAAUUUGGAUAUUUCUGUACAUUUAUGGUGCAGUGCUCAUAGAGUGUAUAAUUAGGAUAAAAAUGCCAACCAUUGUACAUAACCAUUUUUUCAAGAUUAGUACUGAAGAGGUGAUUACUACAUGGAAAAUUUCAUACAUUACUGUCUGCAUUGGAGCCUUUUCCUUUGAUCUUUGGAGGACCACUUCUUUUUUUGUGUGCAAAGAUAGUUCUUGCUUUUUAAAAACCCAAAAUUCUUACCCAGAUGACUUGCAGACAAACAGGAGAACUUCAUAACCAGGCAAUUAAUUAGUUAUGCUUACUGGUAAAUAAAAAUGAAAUAUUGCUUGACCUUUCAUCUUAUAUUGUAGUACAAUACGUCAUCCUGAAUUUCAUGGCAUUUAGACCUUCUAAUAGGGUCGUAGAGUUCUUGUAAUUUCGUAUAAUGUAGACUCCUCGUAUGUCCUCAGGUGUUUACUUACAUGGCAGUUGCUUGUUAGGGGAAUCUAGUGUGCCUAGAUCUAUUGAAUCCAGGUUCAUUCUCAAUUUGGCCAAGGCAUAAGAUUAAUUUCUUAUGGGUUAUUCUGGGGAGGGUAUGGUUUGGACUCCACGUUAAAAGUAGGCCUUGUAGCAAAUCCAAUGUCCCAACCAGCAUUUAAGGACAUAGUGCUAUAUAUAACACUGGUUUGGCGGUCAUCAUCCAUGUCAAUUAUUAUUAGUGUUAGUUUAAACCAUCAUUGUUAGUUCAGCUAAACUAUCAACAUAGCUAAUGUUAUAAUUUAAUAACUUGUGUAUAUGUUCAUUAAAUACGAAAACCCAGGUAUUACUUUGGAUUCUGGGCUAAAGGAAAACAAACUUGGUAGGAAAAAUGUUUAAUAUUAGUGUUAGAAUGUGGGUUUGCGUUGUUGUUUGUGGACAUUCAUUAAUAAACAGAACUGGACAAUACAGUGCACUGGUAGAUCAGGACCUCUGAAACCAAAGCCAGAGGAGAUUCUCAAAAAUAAGCAUAGAUUAUGAGUAGUUGGUAUAACGUAGAGGAGUCUUUUUCAGUACAACUUUUGAAAUAUUUUGGAUACAAAUGAGAUUUGUUCAUCUUAGUUUUGCCCUAGUUUUGCCCUAAUAUUUUGACAACUAGUUUUCCAGUAGUUAGGAGACCCAAGGCUCACAAAAUCUGGUUUACCCUUACCAUGUUCUUCCAGAAAUGUGUUCUAUUUUACAGAAAAGCAAGGGGUAGUAUGUAUGAGGUGUAGCUGCAGAUAAUUUUUAUGAUAAACACUGUUGUAACUCAGAAUCAGAAAGUGUUGGUCAUGUUCUCAUCAAUCAAAGAUCGUCAAUGAAGUUGAUUCUCGUGCUAUCCAUAUAAUUUUUACAUGGCUUAUGGUAUUACUAAUAUUGUUCUUGUACCUGUUUAUGCUUGUACACAUUAAACAGCAUUGAUGAAUAUUGUUUUAUCAUAGGUAUAUGAUUUUGUUUUUACUUUCAUUUAUAUGUACUCAUUGGAACUGAGUAACAGGCUUACAUGGAAUUUUCUGUAUUACAUUGAGAGAUAUUUCUAUUUGAUUUUAGUUUUUAUGAAAACUAUUAUACCUAGUUCUGUCUGUCUUUGACACCCCACUACCUUUGGUGGCUAUAAUGAAGGUCAGUCUCCUUUCACUUACCAUUUUCCAGGAAUUAAACUUCUUCCCUUCCAAUUUCAGUUAAAGAAAUUCUCUCUCUGGAUCUUCAACAUUUUCAGUCUGUCCAGUUGAAAGGUUUCAUAAAACUAUACUAGUUUAUUAGUUAAAAUUUAAUUAAUCUUGUUCCUAUAUAAAACUAACUCAUCAUUCCAGCCACAUGAGAGCUGAGAUUUUUGUUUCAGUGGUCUGGUUAGAUUAUUUUUUAUAACUUUCUUUUCUCUUAGUAUCAGCCUCUUUCAUGUGAGACCAUCUUUGAUAACAUUUCACAAAAAUAUCUCUUGUCUGUUUUGUUGUUGUGACUUAAUUUGUUUAAUAGUGUGUUUUGUAGUUUGUUGUAUUCAACUCUUGCUUUGUACUCUCAUCAUAUACAUCAUUGGAAAGAAUAUUGUUGACACACUGAAGAACUAUUAUAUAUUUACUUGAAAUGUCCAUCUGAACAAGUAAUGUGUAUAGGGCCAGUCAGUACAGUAUACUGAAUGCCAGUUUGCAGGAACUGCGUUAGCUAUUGACAGAUUGAAGGGUUAUCAGAAGAUUGUAUGGUAUUACUGGUCAAUCGGCAACUGUGUAUAGCAUUGCUAUUUCAAAUUCCAAAUCUUCAGGAUGUAAAAUCAAGCUGUAAUUCAUAAAUUAGAUGCCAAGGUUUUUCUAAACGGUUAAUUCAGGUUAAAAUGUUGACUCAUUGUAAUAUAUCUACUAUUUCUGAGUAGCAUACCCUGCUCCUUAGGCACUGGGUGUAAUCAGUAGAAAGUAAGCAAUAAAAGUUAAGCAGCCAGGUUACCAAAAUGGAAAGUUACCCAAAUAUAUAUGCAGUAUUUUCGUAGGCAUGUUGAUACAUUUUUUCUCACCCAGUUAUGUAUGUGUGUGAUACCGAGAGUAAUUUGUACCGAGGGCUUUUCUGAGCUACUUGGCUAAUUUGUUUGCCCACCAGGUUCCUUGGUUCUGUGUCUGCUCUGCUGUAUUACAAUCCAAAGAAUGGACGCUGACAGAGUAAUGGAAACCAUUACUUUGAUAACCAUUCUUCAAAGCCGUGGGACACCACAAUUUACAUAGCAUAGUUGUGAUUGACUAGUUUUGCUAGCUGACAGGCUUUAUACUAGUCUACUACUUCAGUUUUGAUUUUUCAUGAAAAAAAUAUAAAGUAUUUGCAUUGACAUGUCCUGUUGGUGUAUGUCUCUCCCCAGUUGGGACAUUUCUGUACAUACUUAGAAGUAACUUUAUACAUGCUAUUUUAUCCAUGAUUGUGUGAUACUCUCUACCAUUGUUUUUUUAUCAUUGCACCAGCAGCCUGGCUGUUCUUCCUCAUAUUUUUGUUAUACAAUCUGUAUCAUCGGUUAUAACAUCAAAAAGUGAAGUAUUUAGGUUGCUUUGCUCUUGUAAGAUUAGCUGGUUAUUGUUUCCAGGGUAUUCUAAUGGAUCUUUCAUUGGACAAAUACCAAACUGUCAAGGGCAUUAGGACAGUAUUAUUGUUGUAAUUCUGCUAUUAAUUUUUUUAAAGAUAUAUCUACAGAGUAUUUUUGUUUACUUCUAAUGUGCUUAUAUUUGUUUACAGUAUGCUUUUUUCACAGAAUUAACACAAUUUUUUUGUUGCAGAUAUGCUUAUUGAUAUGAAGCUAGCCAGUUGUGGCUCUGUUGUGAUUAGAAAUUUUUACUUAGAUGUAAACUUUAUGCAGAGUUGAAGAUUUGGAUAUUUUGUGAUUGUGAUUCAAAACUAUAUUUAUUUUCAAGCAAGUGAGGACUUCUCUUACUGUGCAAUGUACUUGAUUGUUAAAACUAGUGUUAAGGACUAAAUAGCUACUCUUUGUAUGAAAUUUCAGCCAUGAAUAUGUGUGUGAAAAAAUAAAUGAGCACAAUAUUUA